GAGCAGCAAGCGCCUCGCCUGCACUACUCCUCUGCCCUCCUCUUGCGCCUUUCCUUUCUUUACGCGUCUCCGCCGAGGAGGAAAAAGAAGGGGGAAGGCGGCAGCGUCUAGCCAGCCCUUCGUCCGCCGGCCGGGAAGGAAGGAAAGAAGGCAGGCAGGCAGGAGGGCCGGCCGGGGAGGCGCUUGGCCGGCGGCGAGCGCUUCGUCUCCCCGCCCAGGCGCCGCCUCCGCCGGCCGAGAGCGCAAGGAGGCGCCGGGGAAGGAGUCGGCGCGGCGGUGCAGACGCCGUUUGGGGUCCAGCGAAGACGGAGGAGCUGGAGGGAUGAAGUGAGGCCUCAGCGGGUGCCCCCUCCGGUGCCAUGGCGGAUGGGGCCUCGCUCCCCAUGGGCGACUGGCUCCGUGCCCUCCACCUGGAGCAGUAUGCCGAGAACUUCAAGCGGAAUGAGCUGUGGCGCGUCUCGGACUGCCAGCACCUGUCGGACGAGGCCUUGACCCGCCUGGGCAUCCUCCUCCCGGGGCACCGCCGGCGCAUCCUCUCUGGGCUCCUGAAGGCCUUCACGGAGGCGCUGCCCGUCAUGGACGCCCCCAAACUGCCCCCCAGGAGGCCGGUGCCCAUGAAACGCAACAUCUUCCGCGCCGGUGCUGCGACCGCGGUUUCCUCCACGGAGCAGGAGGCUGGGAGCGACUCUGCGGCAGAAGCGUCGCCUCCUCGCCGGGAGCUGGAGGCAGCUCCCACGCCGCCACCCAUCCCUCCCCGGACGAGCUGUCACCCGCCGCUGAAGUUUUCCUCUACUGCUGUGUCCGAACUUCCCGCAGGCCCUUCUCUUUUGGAAUUUACGUCGUCAGCAAGAGGCAGGCUCAGCCCGGAUGCUGCGGCUGGGGAAGAGACAGGGAACCCUCCCCUGCCCCCUCUGCCUGCCAAGCGCCACCAUCUGGAGGGCAAGCCCCCUGCCCAAAAGGCCCCUCCGGUGCCCAGCCGCCCUCCCACGCUGCCCCCCAGGGGCCCACCCCAGAAAGCAGCGGCCAGUUCUCCUGUGAAAAACGACCUGCAAGAUCCCGAGCAGCCGCCCGCGCUCUUUCCCCGCCUGAAGACUGUGGAGCGGACCGGCGCCCCUGAGCCACCUUCAAAGCCCCCCCUCCUCUUCCAGACGGACUUGGAUGAUUCUGAUUAUGAAGAUCCCCCGUUUGAGGAGGAGAUAGAAGCUCUGGCAGAAGAAAUGACUGACAAGGAGGACAUGGCGGUGGAGUCGACAUCCCAGAAACGUCGCUCUGCCCGGUUCAGCAGCCUGAUGAGUGAAGACGAGCUAAUUGAGGAUUAUUUCAAGGAGGAAUCCCCCACCAACAGCAACCACUGGAAUGACUGCGAGCUGAAUUCGUACUCCGGCAGCGCUCUGUCCUUGGGCGCCUUGAGCCUCCACGGCGACGGGAUGAACAGGACAGACUCGUCCUCUCAGCUCUCGCCUGUCAUCAAGGCGGGCUGGCUGGAUAAGAACCCGCCUCAGGGGACCACCCUGCUGACCCACAGAGCACCCCAGCUAACAGUCUUUUCCGGCUCCAGGUCCUAUAUCUACCAGAAGCGAUGGGUGAAAUUGGAUAGCGACAACCUCCGCUACUUUGACAAUGAGAAGGAUGUUUACUCCAAACGCCUCAUCCCCAUAUGCUGUAUUACCCGUGUGGCCAGUAUCGGGGACCAGAAAUUUGAGGUGAUCACCAACAACCGGACCUUUGCUUUCCGGGCUGAGAGUGACGCGGAUCGCAACGAGUGGAUCAGGGCCCUUCAGAAGGUAGUGGACGAGAAGAAGUCAAGGUGUUUGGACAGAGCGUCUGCCUUCCAGGUGCCCGGCGGCAGUUUCGACUCGGUGGACAAAAGCGGCUUCUUGGAGCUGCGAGGAUUUAAAAACAAGCUGUAUGUUGUGGUGGCCGGGGAGAAAGUUUUCCUCUACAAGAACGCAGAGGAAUUCCGCCUGGGCAUCGGGAUCACCUACAUCGAAAUGAACGUGGGCAACGUCAAGGAUGUGGACAGGAGGGGCUUUGACUUGACGACACCCUACCGGAUCUUCAGCUUCAUUGCAGAAUCCGACCAGGAGAAGGAGGAGUGGGUGGAAGCCAUGCAGCAGUCCAUCGCCGAAGCGCUUUCCAACUUUGAGGUGGCCGAGAGGAUUUGGAAGGUGGAUGAAAACUGCUUCUGCGCUGACUGCGGCUCCCCAAAACCUGACUGGGGCUCCAUCAACCUCUGUGUGGUCAUCUGCAAGAGAUGUGCAGGAGAACACCGCGGUCUGGGACCCAACGUCACCAAAGUCCGGAGCCUCAAGAUGGAUAAGAAAGUCUGGACGGAGGAACUGAUCGAGCUCUUCUUGCAGAUCGGCAACGCAGUGGCCAACCAGUUCUGGGCGGCCAACGUCCCCCCCAGCGAGGCAGUCCACCCCAGGAGCGACAGCCAGGAGAGGCGCCGCUUCCUCGUGGCGAAGUACAGGGAAGGAAAAUACCGGCGCUACCACCCGCUCUUUGGCAACCAGGAGGAGCUCAACAAGGCUCUGUGCGCAGCCGUGACCACCAGUGACCUGGCGGAGACGCUCUCCCUCUUGUUCUGCGGCGCCGAGGUCAACUGCUACACGGGCGACCCCGGCUACCCCUCGCCCAUCGCCUUAGCGGAGCAGGCCGGCCAGAGGCUUCAGGUGGAGUUUCUGCUGCACAACAAGACCUCCGAGACCCCUCAGCUGGACAUGGGCACCAACAUUGAGAAGCACUACUCCAUCAUCCUGCCUUCUGUCGCUCACAACGGCUUCCUCUACAAGGCACCCUCCAUGGCUAAGCUGCUCCACGAACGGAAAUCACGGGAAGAGUUCAGCCGCCGCUGGUGCCGACUCCACGAGGGGAUCUUCAGCUACUACGACAACAACACCAGCACUGUGCCGAACGGAGAGAUCCGGAUGCAGGAGGUGGCCUGCCUGGUGAAUAACCCCCCGGAGGCCCACGGGUUCGCCUGCACUUUUGAGGUCUAUAUAGAAGCGGAGAGACUCUACCUCUUUGGACUGGACUGUCCUGAGGCCAUCCGGGAGUGGGUCAAAUGCAUUGGAAAGUCCUUCGUCCCCCCGGGUGCCGAUGGCUUGCUUUCCCAUGACUUUGAGCGCCUUGGGCGGCUGCAGUACAAAGGCGGCCUGAACCUGGAGCGGGCCAAGGAGGGCUGGUUUGCGCUGGCGCAGGGCACCCUCUAUGCCUACCUGGAAGGCAGCGAGAAGGAGGAGGCCGUGCACCUGAGGAAGCUGCAGGAGCUCUCCAUCCAGGGAGACAAUGAAGUUCUCGUGCUGGUGGAGAGGAGAAGGACGCUCUACAUCCAAGGCGAGAGGAAACUGGACUUCCUGGGUUGGGUCAACGCCAUCCAAAAGGCGGCUGGAAGCUCGGGAGACACCUUGUCCGAACAGCAGCUCACAGACACAGAUGUGCCCAUCAUUGUGGACCGAUGCAUCGAUUAUAUCACGCAGUGCGGACUGACCUCAGAAGGAAUCUAUCGGAAGAGCGGACAGAACUCCAAGACGACGGGCCUCUUGGAGAUCCUCCGCAAGGACGCCCGCAGGGUGCGACUCAAGGAAGGGGAGCACCAGGUGGACGACGUGGCCAACACCCUGAAGAGAUUCUUCCGCGAUGUGGAAGACGGGCUCUUCACCAAAGAUUCCUCCCCGGCCUGGCUGAAGGCAACAGGUAAAGCCAUCGAAGACGACAAGGAGAAGGUCGGCCGCUAUCGGAAGCUCCUCAGCAGCCUCCCCGCCGUCAACAGAGCCACGGUGAAAGCGCUCAUCAAUCACCUGUACAGGGUCCAGUGCUUCUCGGACAUGAACCAGAUGACCACGCACAACCUGGCCAUUGUCUUUGGGCCGACACUCUUCCAGACGGACGGCAAGGACUACAAGGCGGGGCGCGUGGUGGAGGACCUCAUACGCUGCUACGUGGACAUUUUCAGCGUGGACGAGGCGGAGAUGAGGAAGCAGCAGGAGGAAAUCACCGCCAUCAUGAAGAUGCGUGAGGCCGGUUCCUCUAGUGCGACGCAGCAAGCCGGAGACUUCAUCUGCACAGUGUACCUGGAGGAGAAGAAGACGGAAGCAGAGCAGCAUAUCAAGAUCCCGGCCACCAUGACUGCGGAAGAGCUGACCUUCGAAAUCUUGGACCGGCGGAAAAUCGUCAUGAAGGAGAAAGAGUUCUGGAGCUGCUUCGAGGUCAACGAGCGGGAGGAGGCAGAACGGCCUUUGCACUACAGUGAGAAGGUCCUUCCCAUCUUGCACAGCCUGGGCAAGGACAGCUACCUGGUGGUGAAAAAGCAGCUCUCGAUGGAGAACAUGCUGCUCUAUCUAGCCAGCAAGGUGGGCGACAGCAAGCAUGGCAUGAUGAAGUUCCGGGAGGAGAAGAAUGUGCUGGGCGUGGGGCUCAGCACCGGCUUCCACGACCGAUACUUCAUCCUCAACAGCAACUGCCUGCGCCUCUAUAAGGAAGUCCGGAGCCACAAACCGGAGAAAGAAUGGCCAGUGAAGAACCUGAAGAUCUACCUGGGAAUAAAGAAGAAAGUCCGUCCUCCGAGCUGCUGGGGGUUCACCGUCUUCUUUGAGAACGAGAAGCUGGAGAAGCAGCAAUGGUAUCUCUGCUGUGACACGCAGAUGGAGUUGCGGGGCUGGUUUGCCACCUUCCUCUCUGUGCAGCACGGCGGGAACAUCUGGCCGCCGGAGUCCUCCAAGGUUCGGGCGUCCCGGACGCAGCAGGAUUCCCGGCUGGGGAACAUCUCCCUGAUCCCUCUGCGAGGCAACGAGAGCGAGAUGAGGAACAGCGUCGCGGCCUUCGCAGCCGACCCGCUGACGCUCCUUCGGGAUGUAUGAAACCGGACACCGAGCGUGGCAGGAUGGUUGGCCAAAGUCCAAGGAGGCGAAGGAGCUGUCCGGAAACGAAGAGCCCUUGGCUGGUCCAGCGGGGAAGGGAGGGGGGGGAUGUUCAGGAACAAAGCCUGCCCUUUGUGGACUCCCCAUCUCCCUGCAAGGCCGAGCCGAGGACUCCCAAAAGGAAGGAGGGAGCUUUCUUCAAGGACAGCCCUGGAGACGGUCCUCAGGAGGCUGGGACAUUGAUAAGCCGACUGGAGAAGGAGCCCCGGGAACCCAAGACAAACCCCAGGGGACGUUGCAUCUCUGAUCAACAUGUGCCAAAUUCACUACCGAACCGGCAUCGCUCCUGCCCCCUGUCCUGGUGGCUUUAGCCACAGGUGUCCCUCGCCCGCGGCAUCUUUCUUCUUUUGGAUUGUGCAGGAACCGUGAGAUGCUUCCACUGGACACAGCGUGGAUUUUGAGCCCUUUCUGGAGCUGCUCCAGGGCUUUGCCAACCCAAUUUUGUUCUCAUUGAGAAACAGUGGGACAGAAAGGACUGUGACCAUCUUGGAUCCGGCCGAGGGCUUCCUGGCAGUAUCACACAGGGAAAUCCUGCCGGAUCGGGCCAGUGACUUGUCUAGUCCCGCAUCCUGUUCUUGCAGGGACCAUGCUGAUUCCUCUUGAGGGGGAAACCGCAAGCAGGAUUCGAACACAGAGCGCACUUGCUUUGCAGAGACUGGUAUUCAGAAGCAUCUCUGCUUCCUGCGCUCACUUCAGAGAGUUGGCAGGAGAGAGAUGCU